AUGCGCUCACCCGUCAUUACCUGUCUUUUUGCCAUUUGGCUGCUCGCCACCCACGCUCACGCGUCUCAUCAACCUGGCCAGGCCCACGAUGUCGGCCACCACGGUAGCAACCAUCACGGCACCCCUUUCCACAAUGGACAUUCCUCCCACCGUCACAAGCGAGGCUCUUGCCGUGCCCAUAAGCCGAGUCCUGGAUCUGGAGCCGACUACAAGCCUCACAGCCACAAGAAGCACGGUGGAAAGCAGGGAGGGGGUGGAAGGGGCGGUGCUCACUGGCCCGCGCCAACUCGUGCCGUCGUCGGAAAGGGUACGCACGUUCCAGGUCACAAGGUCCCUCACUGGACUCCCGCAGGUCCCGCCGCUCUUUCUUCCGCCAUACAGUCCUGCUGGCCCGGCCAGAAUGAACCUAGGCCGACGGUAAUUGUCACUGACGGUAGCUCCAGCGUUGUCAUGGGCGGUGGGCACGUCAGCACUACUCGCAGCAGCAGCGGUAGCAGCUCUCCCAGUCCCACUGGCACCGGCUCCGGCUCGGUGAGCGAGAGUAAAACCGCUUCCCUUUCCAAGACAUCCUCCUCCUCUGUAUCGUCUUCAAAGAGUGAUAGCUAUUCGGCUAGCAGAAGCACAAGCAACACUGAAUCGGUGCCCACGACUGCAAGCCAGACCGGCACCGAGUCCAAGUCGGCCAGUCAGACGUCUUCCAGCAAAUCUUCGAGCAGCACCAGCAGCUCCUCAGAGACCACCGGUACGUCCUCGACAGCCACCAAGACUGGAACAUCCACUAGCUCCACUUCGACCAGCAGCUCGUCUAGCUCGUCUAGCAGCUCAAAAGUGACCAGCACUACAAGUACAAGCACCAAGACGUCCAGUACGUCGACCAGCAGCUCCAGUACCUCCACCAAGCCUGUCCGACCUACCUACUCGGGCAAGCCAGGUUCUCAAGCUUGCCGAUCUGGAACGUACGACUUCCGCAAGAUCACAAAGGACGCAUUCGUCGAGAUUGGCAACGAUGUCAACACUCCCGCAGGUCAAUCUGCCGACUUUAUCAACCAGUCCGGCUCCUCUUCCACUUGGAAGCUGACAGGUGCAGGUCUCGAAGUGAUGCUUCCCAGACCUCAAGGCACUCAGCAAAUCUUUAGCAGCACGGUGCAGACCAGCUUCCUUUUGCAACUCAACUCGCGCGUCUCUUGGAGGAUGCAAGUUUCAGACGUCAAGGGUACGGUCACCUCCGCUACCAUGUACGGAGGCCAAGGUUCGGACGAGAUCGACAUCGAGUUGCCAGCCUCCAACUACCAAACGAACAUCUUCGGCAAGGGAGUUUCGGGUCCUAAUUCGGCUUGGCACUCUUCCGACCUGGUCGGGUCCAAGACUGCAGGAGCUGUGCACGAGUACUCUUUCACUUGGACCAAGGACUACAUCGAGUGGACUUUCGAUGGCAAGGUGCAAGUCAGAAAGAUGGCAAAGGAUCUCAACGGUGCUUACCCGCUCGGAGGCUCCCCACUCGCAUUUGGUAUCUGGCAGCCCAACACGCCAGGAACUAUCGCUUGGGCUGGAGGUCCGCUGGAUUGGUCCAAGUAUCCCGUCGGACAGGGUCCCAAGGCACUCAUCGAGUCCAUGACUGUCCAGUGCAACCUUUGA